AUGCCAUCCACACACCAAAAACCAACCUACCUCACCAUCUCCACCUCUCCCUCAUCAGCUCCUCCCUCACCACCACCACCAAGCGAAACAGAAAUCUACUCCGUCGCCAAAGUAGCCUACUCCAAACUCGUCUCCGAAGCCGCCCUCAAAGACCAGAAUCUCCGCCGGCUAGUCUGCCACGCAAACCUCUACGACAAACUCCUCGAUGAAUACAACAAUUGCUUCUCAGACGAGGAGUCCGAUGUCGAUACCGAGACGGAUUCGUGGGAUGGUGAUGUCGAGGAUGUGGAGGAGUUUGCCACGCAGGCGUAUUAUACCACUGCUAUGACGGCAAGGAAGGUGGGAGGAGGGGGAAGAGAUGCGGUGCAGGUGAGGGAACAGGUGGUGUAUGUUUAUGAAGAUAGGGAGCAGCAGAGGGGACGGGGAAGGGGAAGGCAGGUGGUGAGGAGUGGGGAGAUGAUGGAGGAGGCGGUGUUGUGUAAGGUUGCUUCCCAUUCGACGGAUUUGGGGUUGGGGUAUCAUCCUUUGGGGGGGCAUGCUGAGGUGGAAGGAGAUUUCGAUGAGUGA